AUGGAUAGACCUAGGGAGUAUUCUGCUCAAAGAAAUAAGCCAGACAAGUACCACGAUUUCACUUAUAUGUGGAAUCAAAAACCAAAACAAACAAACAAAACAAAACUCAGACUCAUAGAUGCAAAGAAGAGAUUGGUGCCUAUCAAGGGGAGGAGUGUGGAAGCUGGGGGGAGACGAGGAGCUACAGGGCUGGGGGGGGAGGGGCUGUGGUCCAGCCGGCUCUUCUUCUGUCCCCUCCCCCUCCCUCAGGGGCCCUCUGUGACCAGGUCACGGCUCUGUGAUGUGAGCCUGGGGCUCUUGUCCCCAAGUCCAAGCUCAGCGCUCAGCUGCGCGAGGACAGUAGUGGGAUCAGGAACUAACGCUUCGAGUAAGGAGAUGGAGAAUAUUCUCUUCGCUCUGAGAAGCGUUAGCGCUGAUUGGCUGAGCUCCAGCCUCCCCUCCUGGACAACCCAGACCAUCUUCUGCUUCCUGUGUGGACUGUCGUUCUUCCUCCUGCUGAUCUCCUGCUUCCAGACGGACCCAACAUCCUCAGCACCACGAAGGAAACGCAGAAGCAGCAGAAAGCAGGUGGCGCCACGGCGAAGGAGCACCAGAGGCAAGAACAGGGAGAUCCUGCAAGCUUACAGAACCUGCCUGCAGGAGCUGGAAGGGGUUCGGGACCUGGUUUCCCUUCUGCAGAGCCACUUGGGGCGGCUCUCUGACCAGGGAGACCUUCAGCAGCUCUUGGGGCAAGAAGCCCCUGGGGCCAAGGGCAAAGCAGCACCUGCCGGAGCCCAUCAGCCCCUCGGGGCGCCCGUGAGAGAUGCCGCGCCUGCCAGGGCCCCGCGGGCGUCCCCCACUCUCAGCCAACACCCUCCACGCCUGGCCUCCAUCCUACCAGUAGGACCUCAAGAAGACCAAUGUAACUUAAAGAGAACCCCAGCGGACACAGUCACAGAGAGCUCACCUCCAGGCAAUUCCCAUUUGGCACCUCUCGUUCCAGCCGUCUCAGGCCUUGGCCAUGCAAGCUACCCCAUCUUGUCCUUGUCCUGGUGAUGGGAAAGCACCAAGUCCUGGUUCUUCUCCA